AUGACGGAGUCUCUGGAGGAGACCUUCUCGCGCGUUCUUUCGGCGAAGGUCGCACGUGCAAAGCGCGUUUUUGGUGGCGACAUCAACGAAACAUACCGGCUGGAGAUGGAGGAGGCGGGGGUUGUAUACUUCUUAAAGCUGCAGCGCGGCACCACGGCGGACUUCUACGCGGCGGAGUCAAUGGGGCUGUCGCUUCUCUCAGCCGUUGCCCGCACCCCGCGUGUAGUGCAGGUGGGGGAGGUGAACGGGUGGGCCUACCUCAUCAUGAUGUGGAUUCAGAGCGCCCCGCAUGGCUGUUGGGGUGCGGCUCGGCGGAACUUGCCGGAACUGGGCCGUAUGCUCGCAAAGGUGCAUCGGCAGACGAGUCCGAACGGUCAGUUUGGAUCUUCUGUGCCGAUAGGGUUGGCGGGCUGUGAGACACCGGCCGGCUGGUCGGCGGACUGGGCAGCGUAUUACAUCGACUGCCUCCUGGAGCCACGGGUGGCGUUGGCGCAGCGAAAGGGUUACUGGAGUGGGCGACGCCAAGAAAUGUUUGCGCUCUUCAGCAGCCGCUUUCGUGCCUUUUACGCCUCAAGGAAGCAGGUGCAGCCGAGUCUUUUGCACGGCGACCUGUGGGGCGGAAAUGUCAUGUACGGAGAAGCUGGGGAACCGUACCUCAUUGACCCGUCGUCAUUCUACGGUCACCGCGAGGUGGAUCUCGCCAUGACGCAGCUCUUCGGUGGCUUUGGUUGUGAGUUCUACGCGGCGUACGAGGCGGAGAUGCCACUUGAGGCGGGACACGAAUCUCGAGUGCCGUGGUACCAGGUGUUUCCAUUGUUGAACCACCUUAACCUCUUUGGCGAGGCUUAUGGGCAUUCGUUGGACAGAGCACUGGCGCACACCGAGUGA